GGGAGGGGGCGGAGGAGAGGCGGCUGGGCUCCGGCUCGGCUUUCUGCUCCACUCUGCCUCCCGCUCCACGCUACAUAGCUGCCCAAGACUCUCGCUCCUGCCCCAGGACCCCGUGGUGGGCCCUAAAACCCAGCGAGUUCCCAGACAAAAGCCCUGUCAACCCCUACUCCCGGUCCCCAGCCCCAGCAGGUCGCUGCGCCUCCAGGGGGCGCCGUGUGAGCGCCCUAUCCCGGCCACCCGGCGCCCCCUCCCACGGCCCAGGCGGGAGCGGGGCGCCGGGGGCCAUGCGGGGCCAAGGCCGAAAGGAGAGUUUGUCCGAAUCCCGAGAUCUGGAUGGCUCCUACGACCAGCUUACAGCAUUAGCUGCCCCAGCCUCCCUCCGCCCCCACAGACCCCGCCCGCUGGACCCAGACAGCGUGGAGGAUGAGUUUGAACUCUCCACCGUGUGUCACCGGCCUGAGGGGCUGGAGCAGCUGCAGGAACAAACCAAGUUCACUCGCAAAGAGUUGCAGGUCCUGUACCGAGGCUUCAAAAACGAAUGCCCCAGCGGCAUCGUCAACGAGGAGAACUUCAAGCAGAUAUACUCUCAGUUCUUUCCCCAAGGAGAAAACAGCAAGUCCUGCCUGGAGGCCAAGUUCACAUUCCACUGCUCAUCCACAGACUCCAGCACCUACGCUACUUUCCUCUUCAAUGCCUUUGACACCAACCAUGAUGGCUCUGUCAGUUUUGAGGACUUUGUGGCUGGUUUGUCGGUGAUCCUUCGGGGAACCAUAGACGAUAGACUGAACUGGGCCUUCAACUUAUAUGACCUCAACAAGGAUGGCUGUAUCACCAAGGAGGAAAUGCUUGACAUCAUGAAGUCUAUCUAUGACAUGAUGGGCAAGUACACAUACCCUGCCCUCCGGGAGGAGGCCCCAAGAGAGCACGUGGAGAGCUUCUUCCAGAAGAUGGACAGAAACAAGGACGGUGUGGUGACCAUCGAGGAGUUCAUUGAGUCUUGUCAAAAGGACGAGAACAUCAUGAAGUCCAUGCAGCUCUUUGACAAUGUCAUCUAGCCCCCGGGGACAGGGGUUAGUGCAUCCUGGGGUGACCAUGCUCUAGUCCUAGUUCAGGUGAACCUAACCCUUCUCUCCCAGGUCUCUCCUCAUUCUACCUGUACCCUGGGGGCUGUAGGGAUUCGAGGUCCUGGGGCUUCCGUAGUCCAGAUCCCCCGGAGCUAAGUGGCAGUCGUGGGCAAAGUCCAUUUGGGAGGGGGCACUCCCCACUCUGGACGGCUCUCAUCCCCUUCUCGCCAGACACCCAGUGCUGAGUACGCUGAGGCCAUCCCAGUGUAGGGACUGAGUGGUUCCUCAUCUCCCACCCCCACUCUAGAAACCACAUUAGACUGAAUGUCUCCUGCUAUGGUGCUUCCCCCAUCCCUGAUCUCAUAGACGCUCCUCUAAGAUUCCUUUCUCAGAGAACAUGCUCUGCCCAUGUCCCUGGCUGGCUUUGCAGCCUAGCCUUGGAGGGUCCUGUAAGAGGGGGGACAAGAAAGUAGAGCCAGUGAUUGGAUCCUAGGAAUUGGUUGGAGUGGAAAACAGAAAGCCUGGGCAGGUUACGAGAGCCCAAGUGGGGCUGCCACUGCCAGGUUCUAGGGUCUAAUGGCCCCGGAUAGCAGAAUAUAAGUUCCCUGACUUCCCAGAAGGCCUUAUGUCCUUAGCAAUGUCCCAGAAAUUUACCAUAACUUCCAGUGUCUUAGGAGAGCCUGAGAUCCAGAUAUCUGGUUCCUCCCGGAAUCCUCUCUAUCCUUCUUGCUUGUAUGAUGAGAGUGGUGGCCAGGGGAAGAUGAGUGGAAGGUGUCCCAGACGAUGCCUUCAGAGUCCCAUCCUGCCCUCCUGCCUGUCACCUGUUUUGAUGGCUUCAGUUUCAAUUUUCCAUGGCCUCUACAUUUAGAGGCGUGGAAUCAGGGAUUCUCCUGAAUUUGAGUCUUAACCACUCCUCCCAGUGGCUGCCUUAGGGGAAUGGGAGGGCAAAGGCAGGCACGUCUGAACCCAGUAUGGGGGCACUCAUUGGAAUGGUUGCCCAACCCUCCAAAUGCCCUAGAAUGCCCUAGGGUCCCUCUCCCCCUCUUUAGUCUACCCAGAGAUGCCCCUGAGCUCACCUAGAGGGCAGGGACCCUAGGAUCCAGGUCGGACCUUAUUGUCAGCACCCUGCCAUGCUGCUGCCCCUCUUAAUAUACUGGCUUGUCUCAUUCCUCACCCUCCCAGUCGGCUAGGGUCUGAGGGGAGGGGCCGCACAGAGCCCCCUCCUGUCAGACAUUGUUGACUGCUUUGCAUUUUGGGCUCUUCUACCUAUUUUGUAAAAUAAGACACCAGAUCCAAUAAAACAACGGCUAUGCACAGCCUG